AAAAAUGUAACCCAACAAGGUUUAGGAGACGACUUGCCACUUUUUUAAGCAAACUUUCUCUCUGUAGCUUCUCCUCUUUCCCUCUCUACAUUGAGCUUCCGCCGCCGUUUCCUCCUGAAAAAAAAAAUUGAACUUUCUCUGGUCCUCGCCAGCGAUAACUUGGGAGGAUAAACUGCGACGGCUAGCUCAAGCUUUUGGAAUAAACGUUGGUGCUCACUUUUUGGAUUCUGGUUGAUUUUUGGAGGAUCCUACAAAGUGUAUCAUCAUGCAGAGUUUGACAAGUAACUCUGUUGUUAUUAAGCUACUUACUUAUUCAGAUGAGCUUGUGGAGGGGAAGCCGUUGUAUGUUUCUUCCAAUUCUCUUCCUGUGAAGGCACUAAACCGUGAACCUGCUGGUCAUUCCUUUCAUUCCGCUGCUCUCAAGCUUCGUGGCUGUACAAAGAAAGUCGUAGAGGAUAAAGAAGAUACCUCUGAUUCUCCUAAGAAAGUAGCAAACAACGAUGUGGAAGAUAUUCCUUCUUAUGAAACGUACAAGAACAGCAGCAGCAAUAAGGGGAAGAAGAAGAAGAAUAAGUCUGGGAAGGAAGUCAAGGAACAGCAUGAUCACUACGCGUUGCUUGGUUUGGCCAGUUUAAGGUAUCUUGCGACAGAGGAUCAGAUCAGGAAAAGCUACCGCGACGCUGCUCUUAAGCAUCAUCCUGAUAAGCUUGCUGCUGCUCUCCUUCUUACUGAGGAGAGUGAGGAAGCUAAGGAAGCUAAGAAGGAGGCGAUUGAGUCUCACUUCAAGCUGAUCCAAGAAGCGUAUGAGGUUCUGAUGGACAAAACCAAAAGGAGAAUAUUCGACUCUACUGAUGAGUUUGAUGACGAGGUCCCGAGCGAGUGUGCUCCCAAGGACUUCUUUAAGGUGUUUGGUCCUGCGUUCAAGAGGAACGCGAGGUGGUCUGUUAACACUCGUGUUCCUGAUCUGGGAGAUGAGAACACGCCGGUCAAAGAGGUUGACAGCUACUACAACUUCUGGUACGCUUUCAAGAGCUGGAGAGAGUUUCCCGAGGAGGAGGAGCACGAUCUCGAGGAGGCAGAGUCGCGCGAGGAGAAGAGGUGGAUGGAGAGAGAGAACGCGAGGAAGACUCAGAAGGCUAGGAAGGAGGAGUACGCUCGGAUAAGGACGCUUGUAGACAACGCUUAUAAGAAGGACCCGAGGAUAGUGAAGAGGAAGGAGGAGGAGAAGGCGAAGAAGCAGGCAAAGAAAGAUGAAAAAGUGAUGGCCAAGAAGAAGCUGGAGGAAGAAGCUGCGGCGGCGAUCGAGGAAGAGAAGAGGAGGAAAGAAGAGGAAGCUAAACUCGCUGCAGAGGCUGCUCAGCAGCAAAAGAAAAACAAGGAGAAGGAGAAGAAGCUUCGGUCCAAGGAACGAAGUCGGCUCAGGACUCUCUCCGCACCAGUUCUGUCCCAGCGUCUGCUUGGCAUCUCUGUUGCAUACGUGGAGGAUCUGUGCAUGUCGCUAAACACCGAGCAGCUGAGGAAGCUGUGCGACAAGAUGGAGAACAAGGAAGGGAUGAAGCUGGCAAAGGUGCUCAAGAAUGAUGAAACUGAGAGUGAAGAAGAAGUGGUUGAAGCUAAGCAGAAUGGUCAUGUAGAAGCUAAUGGAUUUGCUACUCAGAGCCCUCGAGCUGCUGCAAUGGUCUGAGAAUUUUGGUUUUUGACAGAGAGAAGCGAAGAGCAUAGACUCUAAAUUUUUGCUACGAUUAAUAUUUUUCAUAUACAUCAUUCAUCAUCAUGCUACUAUCCUCUCCCUCCUUACAUAGAGUGUUUUGACAACUGGACCUAUUCUUAUUUAUCUAUUUUGUUUCUUGGUCUAA